AUGGCACACAUCCCGGAGCCGGUGGAGGCUGCGACAGGUCCGCCAGGAGCACCAUCCCCGACCUCCCAAGGGCUCGAAGAGGGCGAAGCGGCCGUGCCCGAAGCGCAGCCGCAGGCAGAAGAGGAAGUUCGGGGCCCCGAGUCCUUAGAGGAGUCCCCAGAGGAGUCUCCAGAUGAGCCAGUGGCAGAGGCCGAUGCAGACCCGUCGCCCAGGGCGCUGGAAAGUGAGAGCAGGGGAAGCUUCCUGGCCACUGCGCCUCAGCCGGAGCACGGCUAUGCCAGCGACAUGAGCAAGCUGUCUGUGUCCAACACAGGCUACAGCUACCCACAGUUUGUGGAGCGCUUCAAGGACCAAUCUGCCCAGCCCGUGGUGAACGAAGUGAGGGACUUCGUGAACCGCUUCCCGGCCAACCUCACGCGCCUGCAGGCGGCCCGCCGGAUCCAUGCUUUCCUGGCAGAGGUGACUCCAAAGCUCCUGGUGGCUAAAGCCUUCCGGGACGAUGGCGAAAGCAUCGCCUCAGAGCUUGCGAAUGAAGGCUUGGAGAAGUUUGUGGUCCUGAAGCUAUACAAAUUGCUCUUCCGCCACGAUCCCGCCGACAUCCGGGAGGACGAGAGAGUGGAACAGGCACUUCGAAGUGCUGCCAAAGGGGCGAGCACGAUUCAAGCUGCCGUCUCCAAGUUCGACACGAAGCAGCUCGAGGUUUUUGAUGCUGCGGUGCUGGAGCUGCAGAUGGUGGAGCAGCACCGGGCGCCAAGGGAUAAGCUGAGCUGCUUCGUGAAUGCCAUCCGCCUCGUCGAGAGCAUCGUGGUAGAGCGGGUCUUCCGGCAAAGAGGAGAGGGCCAGCAGUCGAACUGGGAGCAGCUUCUGGCUGCUCUCAUUUUGAAGGCUUCACCCCCAAAUCUCUAUUCCAAUCUGGAGUUUACUGCAGCUUUCAGACAUCCAUCGCUCAUGGGCCCCGAUGAACGGAAAGCCCUUGCCGAUCUUGCCUCGGCUUUCCUCGCUGUCAUCGGCGGCAGCUCUCGGCGUCUUGCUUCCGCUGAGCUCGCGGAGAACUCCGCAGGCCAGUCCGGCUCCAUGCCCUUGUGGCUGAUGGAUGCUGGUGUAACUUUCAACUUUUCUGACCGCUCCCCGGAUGACCUCUCCCUGGGAGAGGUGGACGAGCUCCUGGACGAGUACCAGAGGAUGAUUCGUGCCAUACGAGACCUCAUCUCCACUUAG